AUGGCCCCAGGCCUUAACUACGGCCAGCAAGCCUAUGAAGGGAUGAAAGCCUUCCGUCAUGCUCCCUCCGCCUCGUCUCCUUCGGCCCACGGCCGCAUAACCAUCUUCCGGCCCCAGAAGAACGCUGCCCGUAUGCAGCACUCCGCUGAGUUCAUCUCCAUCCCCCCCGUCCCCCAAUCGCUCUUCCUCGAAUGCGUUCGACUCGCCGUCUCCGCCAAUGCAGAAUUCGUUCCCCCGCAUUCAACUGGUGCUGCUAUGUAUAUCCGCCCUCUGAUUUUCGGCUCCUCCCCCCAACUGGGUCUCUCCCCGCCCGAUGAAUAUACCUUCGUCGUUUUCGUCAUGCCAACGGGUGUGUACCACGGCAUUCAUGCCGUGGAUGCCUUGAUCCUGGAGGAUUUCGACCGCUCUGCCCCCGACGGCACAGGUUCCGCAAAGGUCGGUGGCAACUAUGCACCCGUCCUCCGCCAUAGCGAUAGCGCGCGUGCUGAAGGCUAUGGAAUUACCCUACAUCUGGAUAGCAAGACGCGCUCCGAGAUUGAUGAGUUCUCGACCUCUGCCUUUAUUGGCGUGAGGAAGGACAAAGAUUCUGGAGCCAUUACCCUUGUGGUGCCAGACAGCAAGAACGUGAUUGAUUCGGUGACGGCAACCUCCGUGUGCGAAAUUGGCGUGAAAAUGUUUGGCUACAAGGUCGAGCGCCGGAGGGUGGGAUACGAAGAGCUUUCGGAAUUCAGUGAGGUUAUGGCGGCUGGUACUGCUGCUGCGCUGGUGCCCAUUAAGAGCAUCACGAUGAAGUCCAAGAAUGACAAGUUUACCUUCGACGCUGGCAAGGCUGCCGAAGGUGGCGAUGUCUGUAAGAAACUCCUCAAAACACUCAAGGGAAUCCAAACCGGUGAUAUUUUGGACGAGUUUGGCUGGUUGGUUGAUAUAGAACCUAUUCCCAAGGGAUGGAUGGACGGCGCUGGGGGCAAAGAUAUACCUCGUAAUGAAGCGAAUUUUCCCUAA